ACCGGCACAGCGCAAGGAAAAGGGUGCUCCGGACCGGACAACAACCCCCACUCCCUUCUCGAACCAUGGGCUGCUGCAGCGGCAGGUGCACUCUCAUAGCCAUCUCCAGCCUACAACUAGUGUUUGUGUUGGAGAGGCAGAUCUUUGAUUUCCUGGGCUAUCAAUGGGCACCUAUCCUGGCUAACUUUUUGCACAUUAUCACUAUCAUUUUUGGCCUAUUUGGAACUAUCCAGUUCAGACAGCAAUAUGUUAUCAGGUAUGCCAUCUGGAUGGUCCUUUGGAUCACAUGGAAUGUGUUUGUUAUCUGCUUCUACUUGGAAGUCGGAGGCCUUGCAAAGGAUACCAACCUGAUUAUGACCUUUAACAUAUCCAAGCAUCGUUCUUGGUGGAUGGAGAAUGGACCAGGAUGUGUGGUGGUGACAAUAACAGAUACCCCAGAAUGGGUACCAGAGGAUCAUCGUUACAUUUAUGUCAGAGGCUGCCUGCUGGGAUACCAGUAUAUAGAAGUGGCACACAGUUCACUACAGGUUAUCCUUGCACUACUUGGGUUUAUCUAUGCCUGUUACGUUAUCAAAAUUGUUGCUGAGGAGGAAGACAGCUUCGAUUUCAUCGGAGGAUUUGACUCGUAUGGCUACCAGGGCCCACAGAAAACAUCUCAUUUACAACUGCAGCCCAUGUAUAUGUAA